CCACGAGGAGCAACAGUCAUAGCAGCAGCGCCCGACUGGGACAGGCAGUGUCUGACAGGGCAGAGGGAGGAAAUCCGUCUUGGCACCUUCACAGCUAUUCCUUCCCAGCAGUAAAAUGUCUAAACCUCGCGGGUCUGGGUGGGGAAUAACAGAUGUUGUCUUGCCUGUUUGCUGUGGCAAGAUGGCGGGGGUGUCGGGGAGCAGAGGUCUUGAUAUUAGCCUCGCAGCAUUACAGAGGCAGGAUCCGUACAUCUUUCAUAUUAUGGAUGUGGCCAGUCAAGUAGCGCUAUACACCUUCAGUCAAAGAGAUAACGAAUGGGAGAAGACUGACGUCGAAGGGACCUUAUUUGUUUAUGCAAGAUCUGCUUCUCCAAGGCAUGGCUUCACCAUCAUGAACAGGCUUAGCGUGGAGAACAGGACUGAACCAAUUACUAAGGAUUUGGACUUUCAGUUACAAGACCCUUUUCUGCUCUAUAGAAAUGCACAAUUGUCUAUCUAUGGGAUCUGGUUCUAUGAUGAGGUCGAAUGUCAAAGGAUUGCAGAACUAAUGAAGAACUUAACUCAGCUGGAACAGUUGAAGGCCCAUCGAGAAGUUGGAUCACCAAUCUCACGUCAAAACAAAGCUGUGGACAUUGUGCAGAUGCUCUUCAAAGCUGAACACGAAUAUAACAAGGUCAAACAGUCCUCUGAGCCAAAGCAGAUAACAACUAGUUCCGGUCUGAUUCAUAACAGUUCAAACCUGAUCAAGCCAAUUCCAAUUAAACUGACUGAGAUUGGAACAGACACCCGUUACCAACAAAUACAGCAACAGGACAAGAGCACUGAAUUGGGAACAAAGCAUUUGAAUUUGGCAGCCUUGUUUGGUACACAAAAGUCUGCUUUAACUGACGUGUCAAAUGAAACACACGAAUCCAAGAAUAGAGUUUCUGGUCGACCAGCUGUAGUACGUUCCUUGUCCUAUGAGGAGCCCAGGAGACUGCCAGAGCAUGAAACUUCUCAAACCAUCAAAAAACAGUUUUGUCCUGCUAUUCAGAAACUAAUGUGUCGUGGAGUUGACCUGCAUCCAGUGUCUGAGUUACCAGAAAAUCAUCUUUGUGAAAACCAAAGUGAAAAAAAUAUGGGAGAAUCAUUAGUAGGACUUUUCCAUUCACUGUCUUCGAAAGGAAAUGUCUCUUCACAGCAAAAGACCUCGGAUGAAUCCAGUCCUUUAUUCUCUAAGAGUACUCGCAAUUUGCUUCAGAAGCUUCAUUGUACCCAGGCACCACUCCCUUCAUCAUGUCCUACUGUAAUACAGUCAGAACUUUACUUCAGCAGAUCUCAGAAUGGUUCCAAGAUGCAGCCUAUUUCUCAGUCUCACGCUGCCUAUCUUAGCUCCAACCUAGAAGUGCAACCUAAAAUGCUGCAUGUUCCGGCUUUAGACAAGCCCAAGAGAACUGCUGCCUCAAAUAAUUGUAAUAACCAAAUACAGGCCUCGGGUAUCAUACCUCCUCAUGAAUUGUUUCAGAAGCUUCAGAUAGUCCAGCAGGAGCAGCAACAUCAUGUUGGGAAAAUGACUCUAGCAGCUAAGUUUUCAGCUCAGCCACCUCCUGUCGUCAAUCAGCCUAAUUCGUCAAUGAAACCUUUUGAUUCUCAGACAGAGAAAACCAUCAGUUCAGAAAAGCAGAACUUACUUUUUCAGGCAAUUUCCCCACAGUGCAUUCCAGCUACAGUGGUGCCAUCUCUAUUGAUGUCGCCCAUGGUGUUCGCCCAGUCUACAGUGGGAAAGCCAAUGAUGGGGGUAGAAGCAAGUGCCAUACCUUUGCCACAGACAGACACCAUUCCAGUUCCUAAACAGCUGAAUGUUUGUUUGCAUCCAGCUGCACAGAUGGGAGAGCUGAUUAAUAAAACACCAAAUGUGCUUACCAAGACUCAGUUCCAGGAAACCCUUUUGUACCUUUUGCAGAACGAUACCAACUUUGUGAAUGUCAUUUAUGAAGCCUAUCUCACAGGCCAGCCAAACACUGCAGCAGAGAAGAAAACCUGAAAGUUUUGAUACAAGAUGUAAAAGGAGAUAUAAUUUAGUGAAGAUAAUAAGAUGAUACACACUGAUAAAGGAAUUAUUUUGUUUUUAUUUUAUAAGAGACUUUUAUUUUUGAAAUUGUGUUAGCUUUGCGUGGAGUGCUUAAAGGACUAUCUUUCACACUGGAUAGCUUUUACUACUGCCGAUCAGACUUAUUUUAAGCUGUUGUAAGAUAAAGAUCAUUUAAAAGGGAGUUGAGAUAUCUGAAGAAUCAUUUUUUUCUGAAGACUACUUUUAGUUUAUGGGAAAUUGAUAUUGUAUUUUUUCAUUGAUUCAGCAAAUAAAAAUGCAAUACCUGUCUGUCAUUGUGAAUUAUCAACAACUUAUCAUCAAUGUACAUAAGAUGUUGGUAAAGUAAAACUCACUUUUACUUGCCUGACAAAAAAAAAUUACAGCACCAUCUAUUAGUUUUCUUUCCCCAUUCCACCCCAUGCUCCCCCUCAGAUUGUGUAGAAAUAAAUCCUUCAUAGGCAACUUGUACACUGUUUGCGUAAAACCUAACUGGGACAUUGUUAUGAGUAUGAAUUUUGUAAGGUUAUGUUUUGGCACUGUCUUUUUAAUUUAGUUUAAAAUGGAGGAAUGAAGGAGGUCAUGUGGCUUGUUCUACAUUCUACCCAACAAGAAGUUUGGGUGGCUUGAUUGUUAAGGGCUAAAGUAGGGACAAAGGUUGUCUUUAUCAACAGUUAUACUUUAAACAUGUCUAUUUAAUUCGAGGAUAGAAUGGAGUUGGGGUCGAGAGGAUAGAUAGUUAGCAUUUCUACCUAGAUACAAGGCCUAUGUGAUUCAUAUUUCCCUGGAGAUGGAGUUUGAGAGGGGAAGAGUCCAUAGAGAGCCAUUGUAGUAUUGACUUAUAGAUUUCUUAAGAUAUCCCUGGACCUCAGAUAGGCCAGUCUGCUAGAAUCUGAGAAAGAGAGAUAGAGGCAGCCAGUUUCUAUUGUUUACCAUGCAGAAUGUGGGUGGGAGCUCGGAUUGAAAAGACCCAAGUUUGCAAGAAUUUACAGUGGCUGACAGAUUUUCUUAGGUUUGGCUAGAUGGAGAAAUCUCCAGGGUAACCCUCACUGUGAAAAUCAGUUUAGGGAUUAGAAGUUAUCUGACUGGAAAUGGCAAAAGGAAGCAAAUCAUUGGGAGUUGAGAAUUGCUUUAGACUGGUUCCUGGAGAAUGAAGUUUCCACUUAAGGGACAGAGUAAAAUAUAACCAUGGAGAGGGACUUUUGAUCAUUUAAAUGUUAAACAUGGGAUCUUUUCUGUAGUUUAAUGUAUAAGUUCCUUACUGAAUAGUGUUUAGACAAUGUUGCUUUUAGUUUGUUUAUUACAGUAAAAGUCUUAAAACUUGAAA